UGUAUUCUCUCUUUCUUAGAACCAAAUCACAUUCACCAAAACAACAACACUCUUCAUUCCAAUGAAUCCAUCACACAACACAAGUCGCUCACAUGUUCUUUUCUUCUCAUAAUUCAUUCUCUCUCAAAAAUUCUCUAAUUAGGUAACCCUUCAACUUCUUGCUGAAUCAGAUUCACCAUAUGAAACAUGAUUCAGUAGUUCUGAAGAAAUGGGUUAUGGUUGUGAGUUUUUCGAUGAUAAUCGUCGAGUUGAGUCGGUUGAGGCUAAUGGAGAGGAUUAUUAUGAUGAAUUUUUUGAGGCACUUUCUGAUACUCUUUCGAAUGAAAGUGAUGAAAUUGAGUCUAGUUGUAGCAAUCUAGAAGGUGAAAAAAGUAUAGAAUUUAGUUUGAUGAAUGUUGAUGAUGAUGAUGAUGAUCAUGGUGAGAGUUUUGACCUAGAAGAAGAGGAAAAAUCGAAGCUGGUUUUCAAGUUUCAAUAUCAAAAUUGGGAUUGCAAGUUUAGUGAGGAAUUGAAGGGAGAUUUUAGUGAAAGUAGUGAUUUUGAUAAGAGGGGUGAGGUUUCUUCGAGUGCAAACAAAUAUGAGUUCGUCUCGGAAAAGAGUUUUAGCCGAAUUUUGGAUCAACCUGAGGCUGCAAAUUUUACUGUCAAAGAGUUUUUUAUUCAUUCAAAUGAUGAUUUUCCGUUGGAAAAAAAUUGUGUUGCUGAUGAUGAUUCAGCCGGUUUGUCAUCUGAGAGGAAGUUGAAUCAAGAAAGUUGUGAAGAGGUUGUUGAUGAGAAAAUUCUUGAUAGUUUCUCCGAAAGAUUGCCGCACGUUGAGGAAGUGUCAGAGAAGCUCGAGCCAACUAGUUUAUCAUAUGAGAGGAAAUUGAAUGAAGAAAUUUGUGAAGAGGUUGGUAAUGGAAAAGUUCUUGACAGUUUCUCCGAAAAAUUGCUCGUAGAGGAAGUGUCAGAGAAGCUCGAGCCAGCUGGUUUAUCACCUGAGAGGAAAUUGAACGGAGAAUGUUGUGAAGAGGUUGUUGAUGAGAAAAUUCUUGAUAGUUUUGCCGAAAAAGUGUACGUAGAGGAAGUGUCAGAGAAGCUUGAGUCAGCUUGUUUAUCAUCUGAGAGGAAAUUGAAUCAAGAUGAUUGUGAAGAGGUUGUUAAUGGGAAAAUUCUCGAUAGUUUCUCCGGAAAAAUGAACGUAGAGGAAAUGUCGGAGAAGCUCAAGAAUUCGGAACCAUAUGAGCGGAAUUUUCUAUUAGAUGACGAUUUCAUUUGUUCAAGUUCUGACACAGAUUCUACGAGUUCUUUGGAAUCUGGUUUUUUGUCAGACACGGAUUUCGGAACAACUACCGAGCAUGAUACAUUGGGAAACAAUGAAGAAAGUGUAGAAGAUUUGGACUUUAAGGAUGACAAAAGCCUAGAAAGUUUGGAUUUUGGUUAUGAGCCGGAUGAUUUUGCCGAAGAAGACGAAGAUAUAAUGAAUGAGCUUGGAAAAUUGGAAGAAGAAAUCAAACAAGAACAAUCUGCGAAACAAAAUUCAAAGAGCGUAACAGCUUUUGAUCUCGAGGAAUCAAACCGGUUCGACACGCUUUGGGAGCAUCAGGAUCUGAUAGAACAGCUGAAGAUGGAAUUGAAGAAAGUUAAAGCUACUGGUUUACCUACAAUCUUCGAGGAUGCCGAGUCACCGAGGAUUAUGGAAGAUUUGAAGCCAUGGAAAAUUGAUGAAAAAUUUCAGCAUGGCAGUAGUACUACAAACGAGCUUCCGAAAUUCUACAGAAGUUACAGAGAAAGAAUGAGAAAAUUCGAUAUCUUGAAUUACCAGAAAAUGUAUGCUCUAGGUCUUAUGAAGUUAAAGGACCCACUACAAUCAUUUUCAGUUCACAAGAAAUCUUCAUCAACAAUCACAAGCUUGUUUAAACGUAACAAAGAAAUUGAUGCUGACCCAAUGAAGAAGUUCAUAAGAGAAUUAUACAGUGAUUUGGAAAUGGUUUAUGUGGGACAUUUAUGUCUGUCUUGGGAAUUCCUUCAUUGGGAAUACGAAAAGGCUUUGAAGAUAUGGGAAAAUGAUCAAUAUGGAUUCAGAAGGUUCAAUGAAGUAGCUGGAGAGUUUCAACAAUUUCAAGUUCUUCUUCAAAGAUUUAUAGAGAAUGAACCUUUUCAAUGUCCGAGAGUUGAAAAUUAUGCUAGGAACCGUUGUGCCAUGAAGAAUCUUCUUCAAGUUCCUGUUAUUCGAGAAGACAAAGGCAAAGAUAAAAAGAAGUUAAGAAAAAAAGAAGUUGACAAUGAUGCCAUUACAAGUGACAUGUUAGUAGAAAUUUUAGAAGAAUCAAUAAGAACAAUUUGGCGUUUUAUUAGAGGUGAUAAAGAUGCAUCAAACUUGACAAUUAAAAGUCUUAAAGAACAUCAUGUUGAGCUUCAAGAUCCUGCCGAUUCACAGCUUCUAGUAGAGAUUCUAACAGAUCUUCAAAAGAAAGAAAAGAGACUAAGAGAGAUUUUGAGGAGUGGAAGUUGCAUAUUGAAGAAGUUCAAAAAGCAUAAUGAAGAAGAAACAGAUCCGGUUCUUUAUUUUUUCUCUCAAGUAGAUAUGAAAUUGGUUUGGAGAGUGUUGAAUAUGUCAAGGAUAACGACAGAUCAACUAGGAUGGUGUCGUAGUAAAUUAAACAAUAUCAAUUUUGUUAACAAAAGGAUACAUGUAGAAUCAUCAUUCUUACUUUUUCCUACUUAAUCAUUAUAGAUUAAUUGCUAGCUUAGUACUAAUAGUACAUAUGCACCUUUACAUUUAGAUGGUCAUUAUUGAAAUUGUAAAGAAUUUUGGCAUUAUGUCUAACAAGUUGUUUGGCCUAAUAUGUACAAUUUUCAUGUGGUGCCAAUCAAUUAAUUUUAGAUAAAUAUAUAUUAAGGUCUAAUAUGAGUUUUUGUUUGGCUA